CCUUAACACGACUAGAAAACGCUUCAAAAAUCCUUAUUCAUGUGGGUGCCCAUCUUCCCACCGAUCCCGAUGACGUGUGUUCUUUCUAUUGACGGGAAUGCCAAUGCCCGAUAUUGAGUGGGAGUUCUUAACGUACAACUGGGUGCCUAUCAUGUCCGGGAGAAACGCCACGUAGAUUGUUCAGAUUUGUUAAAAGACGUGUGCUGGAGCUUGAAAUGAACAAGUAUCACUAGUGUGUCAUCGUAACACGGGAGUGCUCAACAAGUACUAGAAGAAGUCUUGGUUGUAGUCACAUCUCGCUUCUUUGUGACACUUUAGAACGAAAAGCCAUUCCUUUGCAUCCUAAUUAAGUUUUUGAGACACUACCUCGUGCUAGGUAAAUGAAUGAAUGAACAUCUUCAAACGCUCCCAGUGUCAGUGGCACGUCCACGUUUCCUUGUGGAGCACUUUCCUAGUUUUGCUCGAGAACAACAACAACAAGAGCGACUAGUGAGCAGACCAAGGGAAUCUAGGAACUGGAAUUCAACUUAGACGAGUCAACAUUUCGUCACAGUCAAAGAACUCAGGAUAAGUACUCAUCUUCAGCACAGUCAAAGACCUCAGGACUCUGAUCAUGAUUCUCAUCCGAAAACAAUUGAAGACAGGAUUUUUGCUUCCAAUUAUAAAAAAUCACUAAUUGUAGAAAAAAAAAACAACAGGCAAGAAGCUUUGUUUUGAGUAUUGAUUUGAGAGAU